GGGGUGUAGUCGUUUUCUUUCUGUGUAUCUAGAAGAGAUGUCCUAGCUCCCCUGUGUCGUUAUUCUGAAUCUGAGACCCACCCCGCGGCAUUGUGAUCCUCGUCAGUCAGUGUGUCUGUUCUCCCAGAAGAAAGUAGCCUACUGUAGCUGCUGUGUGUUGACUGCUUCUCAUGAUGACUGACUCUACUAUGGGGCUGCGUUUGGGACCAGGACCAGGGCCGGGACCAGGCCCGACCUCUCCGCUGAAGGAGCAGCAGCAGGGUUGGAACGCGGCCCCGCGGUGGGAGAUGAACCGCUAUACCACCAUGAGACAGCUGGGGGACGGGACCUUCGGCAGCGUGCUCAUGGGCAAGAGCAACGAAUCUGGAGAACUGGUGGCCAUCAAGAGGAUGAAGAGGAAGUUCUACUCGUGGGAUGAGUGUAUGAACUUACGAGAAGUCAAGUCUCUGAAGAAGUUGAGCCAUGCCAACGUAGUGAAGCUGAAGGAGGUGAUUCGAGAGAAUGACCACCUCUACUUUGUCUUUGAGUACAUGAAGGAAAACCUCUACCAGCUGAUGAAGGACAGACAGAGAUUGUUCCCUGAGUCAGUGAUCAGGAACAUGCUGUUUCAGAUAUUACAGGGACUCUCCUUUAUCCAUAAACAUGGUUACUUCCACCGUGACAUUAAACCAGAGAACCUGCUCUGUAUGGGUCCAGAGUUGGUGAAGAUAGCUGACUUUGGGUUGGCCAGAGAGAUACGCUCCCAGCCUCCCUACACUGAAUACGUCUCAACUAGAUGGUACCGCGCCCCUGAGGUUCUCCUGAGGUCCCAGUCCUAUAGCUCUCCUAUAGACAUCUGGGCAGUGGGCUGCAUCAUGGCGGAGCUCUACACACUCAGACCCCUGUUUCCUGGAAACAGCGAGGUGGACGAGAUCUUCAAGAUCUGCCAGGUGCUGGGCACCAUGAAGAAGAUGGACUGGCCCGAGGGCUACAACCUGGCAGCCUCGAUGAACUUUCGUUUCCCCCAGUGUGUCCCGACCAGCCUGCGCUUGCUGGUCCCCAACGCCUCCAAUGAGGCCCUGGUUCUGAUGAGGGACAUGCUGCAGUGGAACCCCCAGAAGAGACCCACCACCAUACAGGCUCUGAGGUACCUGUACUUCCAGGUGGGCCAGGCGUUGGGUCCUCCACCUCAGUACCCGGAGGAGCACAAAGCCCAGAGCAGGACCGCAGCAGCUCAGCAGGCCUCCUCUACAGAGCCCAAACCUCUCCCCCUCUGCAAGGCCGACCUCCAGACCAUCUUAGAGACCCAGCCCCAGCCAACCCAGGGACAGGGCAGGGUUCAGCCCCUCCAGCAGAUCCACCAGCCUCAACACAACACAGACCAUCACAGACACUCCAACACAGACUGGGAUGGACACAGCCAGCACCAGUACCAGCCAUCCCCACUCAGCCUGGUCAAACACACCCAGCCACAGAAAGCCACUCCAGCAGGGUGUGAGAACACCACGUCAGGGUUCAGGAGCAGUAGGAGGCGGUGGGGAGAGGCGUCAGUGAAGGCAGCAGACACCUGGGAUGACUCUGACCUGGGCAUCUCCCUCUCCAAGAAACCCAGCAUCGCAUCUCUCAGGGACAAACACCAGGACAACGACAACUACCGGUCUGCAGAGCCCAAGUACAACACGUCAUCAGUGAAGCAGCACUAUCUGCACCAGUCCAGAUACCUCCCUGGCGUGAACCCUAUGACCAACAAGAGCAGCUUUCAGCAGCAGCCUGGAAGGAGUGUGUGGGCCAACUCCUCUUUAACCAUGGCACAGGGAACAGGACUUCCACUUUCUAAAGAUAACUUCCUGAGUAACACCUACAACCCUGCCAGCAGUAGCAGUUACACGUCAUCGUUUCAGAAGGAGAUGGGAUCAGCUGGACACAGGACCCAUCACCUAGCAACCGUAGGAGGCAACUCUGCUAAGUACGAGGGAUGGAAGACCAAGUCCAUGAAUCCUCAGAUCCCUGGAUCUUCUCGCCUCAACAGCAACAGUGGAGGGAAGAUCACCUCGUCCAGACCUCCUCCUAUCCAGCCUGUUCACGGACGGGUGGACUGGGCCACCAAGUACGGAGGAGGCCACCGGUAGCACAGCCCACUAUAGCCAUAUGACUGAGAAGAGUACCCAUUGACCCCACUAUAGCCAUAUGACUGAGAAGAGUACCCAUUGACCCCACUGUAGCCAUAUGACUGAGAAGAGUACCCAUGGGACCCCACUAUAGCCAUAUGACUGAGAAGAGUACCCAUUGACCCCACUGUAGCCAUAUGACUGAGAAGAGUACCCAUGGGACCCCACUGUAGCCAUAUGACUGAGAAGAGUACCCAUUGACCCCACUGUAGCCAUAUGACUGAGAAGAGUACCCAUUGACCCCACUGUAGCCAUAUGACUGAGAAGAGUACCCAUUGACCCCACUAUAGCCAUAUGACUGAGAAGAGUACCCAUUGACCCCACUGUAGCCAUAUGACUGAGAAGAGAACCCAUUGACGGUGUACUUCCUGAAUUGAAAUGGAAUUGGCUCCAACCCUGGUGGGCAUUAGAACAGUCAGAACCGUUUCCCCCUAUUGAGAAUCAACUCCGAGGAAGAAUUCAAUUUACUGCAGAGCACCGUGAGCGGAGGGAUACUCCAACUAGAGAGAAGAGGGACUGUUUCCUGCAGAGCACCGUGAGCGGAGGGAUACUCCAACUAGAGAGAAGAGGGACUGUUUCCUGCAGACAACCGUGAGCGGAGGGACACUCCAACUAGAGAGAAGAGGGACUGUUUCCUGCAGAGCACCGUGAGCGGAGGGAUACUCCAACUAGAGAGAAGAGGGACUAUUUCCUGGCUGUGUUGUGUACACACAGCAUCAUUCUAGUCUGUUAGCCUGAGUCUCUGGCUGGUGUCCUAAAUGGUACCCUCUUCCCUAUAGUGCUCUGGUCAUAGGUCGUGGACUAUAAAGGGUUCCACAGUAUGUGAUGUCAACUGUUGUCAUGUAGCUAGCUAGCAUCAUUCCAGUCUGUGUACUGUACAAUAUUUCAGCAUUACCUUCAAUACAUGUUUGUUAUUAUUUUUCUAGAUUUAGGUGAGAGUUGACUAAAAAUAAAAGUAUUAUUUUACUACUGAAGCAGCCAAUGAGUUCAAGUUAUCCAUACUUAUUUUCUGUCAGGUAACAUUUGUCUGUAUAUCAAAUAUAAGUUUUGUUCAUUAAAAAAAAGUGCCAAAGCUUG